CAAAAUUAUAUUGAACGUUCAAAUAAAAAACUGAAUGGAACGUUAACCUUUCAUAUCCCCACUGUUACUCCUCUGCUCCCCUCCCCCUAAAAAAACAGUACUGUACAAUUGUAUUCCCUACGUUGUAGACCAUCGUAUCUACGAAAUUAAAGCAAACGUUUCAAAAAAUGUCUCUUAUUCCUGGCAUUGCAAUUCAAAAUCCAUAUCUUCUAUUUGCCGAUUCUUAUCCAAACCAAAUUGUGCAUACAAAUUAUUUGCAGAUUAGUAGAAGGCAGACCAGGAGAAGAAGGCGUUCAUUGAUUCGUGCCGACUGUAAACCCUCUGUAAAUCCCGUGUACAUUCCAACCCCUGCUCAAAGACACCUCCGGACUCCUCACAGCGGGUAUCAUUUUGAUGGAAGUAUUAGGAGAUUUUUUGAAGGUUGGUAUUUCAAAGUGUCCUUACCUAAACAGAAGCAGAGUUUCUGUUUUAUGUAUUCGGAUGAGGAUCCAGCCUUCAAUAGAAAAUCUGGGGCCUUGGAAGAAUUAGUGAUUGGACCACGCUUUCCAGGAAUUGGAGCUCAGAUCCUUGGUGCAGACGAGAAGUACAUUUGCCAAUACUCAAAUGAUGUUCAAUCUUUUUGGGGAAGCAGACAUGAAUUGGCUUUAGGGAAUACAUUUUUACCCAAGAAUGGUGCUUCACCACCAAAGAGGGAGAUGAUUCCGCAGGAAUUUUGGCGAAGCGUGGAGGAAGGGUUCCAAGUUACCCCACUUUGGCAUCAAGGAUUUAUUCGUGAUGAUGAAAGGUCUACAUAUGUCCAAACUGUAAAGACUGCACGUUGGGAAUACAGCACUAGGCCUGUGUAUGGCUGGGGUGAUGUUGGGUCUAAACAGAAGGCAACUGCAGGCUGGUUAGCAGCUCUUCCUGUUUUUGAACCACAUUGGCAAAUAUGUAUGGCAGGUGGUCUUUCUACAGGAUGGAUAGAGUGGGAUGGUCAAAUAUUUGAAUUUGUGGAUGCACCAUCAUAUUGUGAAAAGAAUUGGGGUGGUUCCUUUCCUCAGAAAUGGUUUUGGGUUUAAUGCAAUGUAUUUGAGGGUGCUGUUGGAGAAGUUGCCCUGACUGCAGGUGGUGGAAGAAGAUUACUUCCAGGCUUUUCAAAUACAUAUGAGGAGGUUGCCAUGGUGGGUGUUCACUAUGAUGGGAAGUUCUAUGAAUUUGUGCCAUGGAAUGGUGUUGUUGAGUGGGAAAUCUCCCCGUGGGGUUCCUGGGGCAUGACUGCUCAAAAUGAUUUGUAUGAGGUUGAACUAGAAGUGACAACACAAUCACCUGGCACAAUUUUACGAGCUCCAACAAAUGAGGCUGGUUUUGUGCCAUUCUGUAAAGAUACCUGUUAUGGUGAUCUUAAAUUACAGAUAUGGGAGCUAACCAGAGAUCGUCGUCGAGGCAAGGUUAUUCUUAAUGGAACUAGUGAUUUGGCAGCUGCAGAAGUGGGUGGAGGACCAUGGUACAGUACUUGGAGGAAACAAAGCUCAUCACCCGCGCUAGUGAAACCACUCUUGGGUCUCUCAUUAGACGUGGAGGAGCUAUACAAUGCAGCUCCGAUAUUGAAGCCACCUGGUCUUUAGAGUGUAAAUUGUUUCUGUUUCAAUUUUGUGGUCAUUGUAAUAGGAAGUUUGUUAAUUUCCCAUUUGGUCCUAUGAAUUGAUGAAACCAUCCCUCGGCACAUUGGCUGUGGUCUGUGCUUUUUUUAAAUUUCUUUUAUAUAUUAUACAUUUAGGUUUUUUAUGGGGCCAUGUCAUCAGUAGCAUUUUUUUGUGAAAUAACCAACAUAUAUGCUAGAUAAAUGCAUUGUUCUAACCAGAAGUGUUGGAGAAGGCAGAAUGUGAUCCUUUUUGCAGCUCUGCGGGAAACUGUAAGUUUUGUCAUGGAAAACAAAUUUGAUAAUUUAUUAUAUUUCACAGCAUUUCACUGGGAUGCUCUAAAAUUUAUUUUUAUUAGAUUGACAGGAUAUUGCUGACUGCAACUUAUUCCUGCACUCUAGACUUGACUCGACAGGUUGAAGAAUCAGAGCAGACUUGACUUUCGGAAAAGUAAAUCAUGAAAUGACUAGGUAGAGAGUUAAAUCUAGUUGUUUCCAAAGAGAAUAGGUGCAAACUUGGGAGUACUCUGAUCCUUGUGGAAAGUGUUGUAUCUGAGUUAUAUGGUCAGUGACUAAACUUUUAGAUUCAUUAAUUCUUGUCUUAGUCUAUGGAGUAUGGAUAUAAAUUUAAGGUUUUCCUUCAGCAUAGUUACCAGAUUUGACUGUAUCUGACUGAAUCGGAAUUUUCUUGAUAGAGCAAUACGAUUAUUAGUUUUCCAA